AUGGGAGGAACUACCCUUUGGAACAUACAUGGUGCACCAGUCAGUGCUUCCACGGCCCUCCCAUGGCCCGCAUGUCUCCCUCGCAGUCAACUCUCCAACAACCAGCUAUCUGGUGACAUUCCUCCCGACGUAGGUUCCCUCACGGCCCUCCUAUACAUCCAUCUUUCCUAUAACCAGCUGUCUGGUGCCAUCCCCCCAACCAUAGGCUCCCUCACGGCCCUCCAAGAGCUGUAG